AUGGUGAAAUGAAUUUUUGCCAGCCUCAAGCAAUGGCAGAAAAGAACAAGGAAUCAUCCUCUGCAGAUUCAAAAGAUAAAGGUUCAUUGCUAGAUGAAGACAUUGGAAAGGAAUUUCUUAGUUCAUGGAAAACCAUGUCAAUGGCAGAUGAUGAUACAAUGGAUUUUGGCUUUGACUCUAUUCCUAAAGGGAAGAAAAAGACAUUUGACUUUGAUAAACUGGACAUGAAUUUUAAUUUGGACGGUGAUUUCAAAAACAUAUCAUCAUUUAAGAUGGACAUGUCCGACCUUGAUUUUGCAUGCACACCCAAAAAGUCUUCCCAGUCUAAGGACAAAAAAGGAGAAUCUUCUGGUGGUGGAAAAGCAGGAAAACAAGAUGCAUUUAAUUUCAGCUUUGAUUUUAAUGAGUUGGAUAACUUCAAUCUUGAUCCAAGCUUAACAAAAAGAGAUGCUUCUUCCAACAAGAACCUUAGGGAAAAAGUAGUUACAGCAGAAGAAAGUGACAAUGCAGGUGCUAAAAUGCCUAAAGCUAGCAAUGUUGAAAAUGCUCAUGCAUCUACUGAUAGCAUGGCUAUAAAACCACAGGCAUCAGAGAGACUGGAAAAAUUGAAAAUUGAGACUUCAGUUGGUAACCUAGGGAAUCUAGAUUCUGGACUAGGUAGUUCUACUUCCAAAUUGUCAUCCUUGGGUUCCAUGGACGUUUCAAUUGUGAACCAAGCUUCAGAUAUAAAUAAAAUUGCAGAGACAGAAGAAAUGGAUAAAGAAAAAUACUUGUGUGAGAUGACAAAGUUGACAGAAUCAAUGCCUGUACAUGUUACCAUUAAAGAGUCUUCCCAGUUAGUAGGUCAGAGUGAUCCAGAGAAAGACAUUAUCCCAGAAGAGGUUAAUGUUUCAGGUGAAAUACCAAAGGUUAAUGAUGAGGCAAUAUAUAUGGAUUCUGAUGGAGUUGACUUACAUUUAGAGCAUUCAUCCCUGAUGCACAGCACUGGGUCAGAUAAUACUGUUGGAGAAAAUCUAGGUAGCAGUACCCAAGGUGUAACAAAUGACCCUCAACCUGAAAAGAGUGAUAAAAGCCUUGAAGAUACUGCUAAAAGUGAUGCCCCAAUGGAGACUUCAUGUGACAAUGACAUCAUAGAAAAGCAAAAUUCAAGUUUGGAGUGUCAGUUGGCUCCAACAAGCAGUAAAUCCCUAGAUUAUAAAACCAAGCUGAUGAAAGACAAAGAAAUCCAAGGCACACAGUCAAAUAUAAUCAGCAGGCCAGAGGAUAAAAGCUCCAUAAAACAUCAUGCAUCAACAGCUGGGGCAAAGAGUAUUACUUUUGUCUGCCAAAGAAAUGGUGAUAACCUGAGAUCCAUAACUCAGACACGAUCAAAUAGCACGAGCUUUGGUAGCAAAUUGGCAAUUGAUUUACUCCCGGCUUCCAGCAAACUAAUGAGACCGUUGCUUGAUAGCAAAGAUGGUCUUAAAAGUGGUUGCAAUAUGAGGGAGGGAACAUCGUCUGUUACGCCAAGUGCAGGCAGGUUAACUGGAAAUGAGCAGUUAGUUCACCAAGAAGUAAAUAAAAGCAAGGCUAUAUUUCCAGGAACUAGAACGUCGGCUAAGGAUGUUAGUAUAUUGAAUUCUCAACUUAACCCUUCCUGCUUAGCUGAGAAGACAACUAGAAAUGCUACACAGAUGUCUGUAAAUUCUCAAGCUGAAGUGUCAGCCAAGGAAUCUUCUCAAAAAUCAAGGAUGAGUUCCAUAGAUGGAAGUAAACUUGCUUCUGUUAAAGCUUGCAAGAUAACUCCACCUCUCUCUAGCUUGAAAUCUUUAAGGAAUAUUGAAGCUAGCAGGGUGCUACCAGCUAACAUACACCAAAAAGAAGCAAACUCCAAAGUAAGCUCUGAACAAAGUUUGGAGAUUCAGGGCACUAAAGCAUCAAAAGAUCACCAUCUUACUGAUAGCGGUGGCAAUCAAAAGCCUUUGACACCACUCUUGAAGAGGAAAACUAUUGAGGGUCUAGAAGCAGGUAUGACCUCGUUGAGGUCCUUAAAGCGCCUCUCUCAGUCUCCUAGCAGAAACUCCAAGGAAUCCUUGGAAGAAGUUAUUGAGCAGGUACAGAGUAAGCCGGCCAAUUUAAUCUGUCAGCACCCAAGCUUUGGACUUGAAAGUUCAUCAGAGAUUAAAGUGAAAGAAAUCGAAGUAACUGAUUCUAUACUCAUGGAAAAUAACAGCAAUGUUGGAAAGGCAGAAGCAUGUAUGAAGGAACUUGAAGAUAUUUGUAACAUGCUGAGAAAGAAGCACGAGGAAGCAAAAGAAUUAUUAGUUAGAGCCAUUGUGAACGAUAAUAACUUGCUGAUGCUUAAUCAUCCCAUUUAUGAAGAAGAAAUUCGGAAGGUUCAGCAAUUUGCUUCCCAAUUGACGUCCAAGGGGAUUCAAACAUGAUCAGCAGCAAAAUGUUGCAUUCGGAGGUUCACACGAAUCUACAAAAGUUUCUUGGUUGCUGUGAAUUUUCUUCUUCAAUAUAACACUUGUCAGAUUAUUAAUCACCAUUUGAAUUUAAGGACCGAAUAUCUGGACUAAUUUUGGCCAUUCCAUAGAAAGAAAUUUUAAAACAUUUGUGAUUUUGUGGGUUGUGUAACAUGUGAUUAGACAUAACUUUGGUCCGUUUGAGAUUUUGAAAAUUUAAAAGAAGACGA